CAAUAUAAUAUAAUGUUAUAGUAUAUAGGCUAUAGGUGUUUUUUGUUAUUGUUGCUCUGCAGGUGUUGCGGGUGGAAUGGUGGCGUUUUCUAUAUUGAAGUAAUUUUUGAUCUCGUACACAUCCUCAUUUUUCUUCACAUGUUGUUUAUUUGCUUCAGCACACUUUUUUGCGACAGAGAAGCGGCCUGAUUAUGUCAAAACAAAGGUUCUGGAACAAGAGUCAAACCUAGUCCUAGUUUGCGCAUUCGCACAUUCCCUGUUGUAGCCAUUUUUGCCAACUAUUCCUUUGGAAUUGUGCAAUAGAUAGUCCUGUGAUGGGCUCAGAGCGAUCAGUGGGCGAGACCGGCGAGAGCACAGGACUUUCGUUAUUCUUGGAUAUUGCAGGCAGGAGAGAGUGCAUUAGCGUGAGAUCUAACGAUUUGGGGAGAAAGGUGUGGUCAGAUCUGCGCACUUUGUCGGCCGUGCAUAGGAUCAAGCUGGAUGGCUUCGAGUGCCGAAGACCUGAUGGAAAUCUGUUGAACUUAGACCAGGAGCUUUCUGCCCAAGGCCUUCGGGAGGGUUCAACACUGGCAAUAAGGGAAGCUGCGAGAUCACGAAAGCACGAGACGGUCAUCGUAGACAAGGAGGAGUUGCAUGCCGGGCAGGCAGAGGCGGCUGAGGUAAAAUCUGGGAUAGAACCACAUUUAUGGCGGAGAGAGGACAGAGAAGCAAAGGCAAAGGAGAUCAAGCAAAAAGCAAAUGAGACCUUGAAAGAGGGAAGCUAUGCAGAGGCUCGGGAGUUGUACUCGGCUGCUUUGGCUUGGCUGCCCCCAGAUGAUUCAGAUGUGGACCUUGUAGCUGCACUUUUUGGAAACAGGGCGCUUGCGCAUAUGAAGCUCGAGAGAUGGGAGGAUGCUAAAGCGGAUGCUGGCAAAUCCUUGGAACUGGUGCCUGGUAAUUGCAAGGUUCAAUAUCGACUUGGGAUGGCAUACAAAGCCCUCAACGAUUUCGUCGCAUCGGAGCAAUGCUUCAGAGCCAUGCUGGAGAAAGACCCUGAGGAUCGAGCGGCAAAGAAUGCUUUGGCAAGUGUGCAGGCAAGCCAUGCUUCUGCUUUGAAUGCUUCAAAAACAUGUGAUGCUACACCGAAACCUAAACCAACUCCAAAAGGUUUGACAUGGCGUUUGGCAUUGUGGCAACAAGGAUACACACUUCCAAGGCUUCAACACGUUUGGAGGGAUUUGCAUUCUGGUACAUCUGCCAGCUCCGAAGCACUUCCAACGGAUCUUGCUGCAUGUCUUGGGCACGCCUGGCGGCAUCAAGAGCCUUUGACAGAUUUCUUCCUCAGUGCAAUUCUCGACCUCAAGAGGAAUUCCCCAACACCUCUUUGCAUCACCGUUUUGGGCACUGGGAGUAUGUCAGCAGUCAAGGCAUGCUCCAAAGUCUCAAGCGGAGCUGCAGAUGGUCUCAGCAGGAUCACGAUCCUGGAGCCUUCAGGCUUUUUGGUGACUAGCGCUCAAAAACUCACGAGUGGACAGCACCAGGUCUCUUUAGACUUUGUCCAGGCAGCAGGGCAGCUUGACACGGAGUUCGCGUUUGACACAAAAACAUCUCCUUUCAUUCCGAAAGACUGUGGGGACACGACCUGUUUGUUGCUUUGCGAUCGCAUCUCCGAGGACUUGGUGGGUGAACGGCUCAUUACAACCAUGAAGGCGGGACGAGACGCAGCGUUUGCAGCUGUUCAAAAGACAAAGUCUUCAGAGUCCAAAGUCCUUUGCUUACCCGCAAAAGCUGAGUUGGUGUGUGCACCAUUGGAACUUCGAUGUGUUGAAUGCGCUGGAUUUGAUACAUCAAAGGCAAAUGCAUUGAGGUUCACUGCCCAUUCUCGAGAAGAGCCUCCCACAUGUUGGAGGGUAUGGAAAUGCGAGGUUUGUUCAUGGCGCAACGUGUCACAAGUUAAGGCCUGUGAGCUUUGCCGUGCUGUGCGUCGUCAGACUUCAGGAAUGGAACAGAAACGCUCACGGAAGCAGGACUCUUCAGGAUGGUGGCCAGUUGACUUGGACACAGAAUCCAAAAAUGCCGAUGUGAACGGUGUGAUUUGUCGCUUUGCUGGGCAGGUACAGGUUGUUUGCUCCUUUGAUUUCAACGAGACAAUUUUUCAGGAGCAGCAGCGGAUGAUGCAAAAAGACUUUGAAGCCGAAGCCCUCCAAAAUGGUCAUGUUAAUGCCAUGUGCGUGUGGUGGCGUUUGUACAGUACAGAUGGCUCGUUUCUUGACACUGGUCCCACUCUCGCAGCUUGCAACAGCAAUGUAUGGCCGACAAAACGUCAAGCAGUCUUCUAUUUGGGCUACGAAGUUGGCGUUGAGAAGGGGGAAGCCCUGCGUUUUCGGAUCCAUUUUGGCGAUUCUUUGUCAAGAAUACACUUUGAGAUGCUCGAGCCACGUGUCGUCGACCGGAUGGGUCUGAUGAAGUUCGAGGUUGAGAUUGUGAACGAAAGAGUCUUGGAAGAACUCCAAAGCAAGCUGGACAUGAAGAGCAACAGGCUUACAGCGUCGGUUCACGGCACUCCCUUAAAACGUCGAGACAAGCUACUCAGCUUUGGCCCAUUCGAUCUGGUACCGGGAACGAUGACAGAUGAACUGUGGAGAAAGGUCAAAGAUCGCCUGGAGCGUCACUCUCAGCGACCAAAGCGAGGUGAUGAGCCCAUUCGCUGUGUUUUCCAACAUGGCGUUUUUGAAGGCACCCGUCGCUGGCCCUGGCCCACACUUGCAGACCAUGCAGUGGUUCCUCGCCAGCCUUCUUUCUUUGAACAUUUCGGGCAGCUCUCAAUUGGGCCUUACCUGGAACUGCUGAAGUCUGGCAUUGAAGACUUUGCCUUGUCGGAUCCGAAUCGGAGGGUUCGGGUAUUGGAAUUGAACUGCGGGCCAGUAGCACUUCUCAGUCUCUGGGCAGCCUCUCAUGGUGCUCGAGUGUGGGCUGUGGAAGCAAUCCCAGAUCUGCGUGAGCUAGCCCAAGAAACUGUUCGAGAUCAUGGCUUGGAGAUGGUUUUUAAGCAGAAAGGUCUUGCCGAUUUCCGCUUCUUUGGCGGCUCAAGGAUGCCUGGUGAGCCUUCCGUUCGAGUUCAGAACCCUGCUUUGAGCACCGCAAUGGAGGUAGGGCAUCCGAAGUUCCUGGACGGGGCAAGAGCUGACAUCAUUGUAUGUCGCCCGGAAUCUGGUGGGCCAUUGGGUUUGGAUUUUUUGGAGACCAUGCGGCAUGCCUUUGAGGAGCUACUGGAACCUGGGGGGAGGCUAGUUCCAUCAGCUUUGGGAGUUGGAGUCACCGCAGUGGAAUGGAUGCCUUGGGUCGACGGUUCUGUGGAAGCCACCUGCUGCCUACAGCCAAUCCUGGGUGCAAGACAUGAAGAGGUGUUGAUGGAGCACCUGAAAUGCUUGACAUCUGAGGUUGGAGUGCACAUUGAUUUGACCUCAAGGCUUGACCCAGCUGUAUCGGAUGAGUUGGAGGUUUGUCAAGAAGGGCUUUUCACAGCCUUUGCGCUCCACCAUGAGCCUUCGGGAGCUUCACACCAAGGCUGGCCAUGUGAAUUCCGGUUUUCUUUGUGAACCCUCCGCAGAUGGUCUUCAAGGGGCAAAGGAUCUCCUUCAAUUUGUGCAUCCAAGAAUGUGAGCUGAGAGCAUCACUGAAGUCAGUUCUGACAAAAGGACGUUGCCUAUGACCUCAAAUAACUUCCAGAUUUCC